AGUUCUCAUCGUUCUUCGAUCAGUUCACUCAUAUCUUCUUUAUCAUAGCCUCCCUUUUUUCUUUUGUUUCAGCGAAACCCAUUACAACUUAUUAGUUUCUGUUAAGUCUUCCAUCUCCCUUUCGACGCAUCAUAAAGUAAAGCUCUUUCGAACGAAGGGACUCUCCAGCGUUGUGUUCUUCAGCCCUGCUUUUUUUAUUAUUAAACUCUUUUUUUGACUUCUGUUUCCUCGCGUUUCGCACCCGACCUCUCCUCUCUCCUCAUACCCCGACUCACAGACCGCCAAGAUGAUCGGAGAAAUCCUGCUUGCCCUGCUCGCCGGCCUCGCGCUGUACGGCUGGUACUUCUGCAAGUCCUUCAACACGACCCGCUCGACGGACCCGCCGGUGGUGCCGUGCUACACCCCGUUCGUGGGCCACAUCGUCGCCUUCGGCAAGGACCCGCUCAACUUCAUGCUGAACGCGAAGAAGAAGUACGGCGGCGUCUUCACCAUGAACAUCUGCGGCAACCGCAUCACCAUCGUCGGCGACGUGCGCCAGCACAGCAAGUUCUUCGCCCCCCGCAACGAGAUCCUGUCGCCGCGCGAGGUGUACAGCUUCAUGGUGCCUGUGUUUGGCGAGGGCGUUGCCUACGCCGCGCCGUACCCGCGCAUGCGUGAGCAGAUCAACUUCCUGGCGGAGGAGCUGACGGUUGCGAAGUUCCAGAACUUCGCGCCUGCGAUCCAGCACGAGGUGCGCAAGUUCAUGGAGGCGAACUGGAACAAGGACGAGGGCGAGAUCAACAUCCUGGAGGACUGCAGCGCGAUGAUCAUCAACACCGCCUGCCAGUGCCUCUUCGGCGAGGAUCUGCGCCGCCGCCUGAACGCGCGCCAGUUCGCGCAGCUGCUGGCGAAGAUGGAGGGCUGCCUGAUCCCCGCCGCGGUCUUCCUGCCGUGGAUCCUGAAGCUGCCGCUGCCGCAGUCGUACCGCUGCCGCGACGCCCGCGCGGAGCUGCAGGCCAUCCUGAGCGAGAUCAUCAUCGCGCGCGAGAAGGAGGAGGCGCAGAAGGACAGCAACACGUCCGACCUGCUCGCCGGCCUCCUCGGCGCGGUGUACCGCGACGGCACCCGCAUGUCGCAGCACGAGGUGUGCGGCAUGAUCGUGGCGGCGAUGUUCGCCGGCCAGCACACGUCGACCAUCACGACGACGUGGUCGAUGCUGCACCUGAUGAACCCGCAGAACAAGAAGUACCUCGCGAAGCUGCACGAGGAGAUCGACGAGUUCCCUGCGCAGCUGAGCUACGACAACGUGAUGGAGGAGAUGCCGUUCGCGGAGAAGUGCGCCCGCGAGUCGAUCCGCCGUGACGCGCCGCUGAUGAUGCUGAUGCGCAAGGUGAUGAAGCCGGUGCAGGUGGGCAACUACGUGGUGCCGGUGGGCGACAUCAUCGCCUGCUCCCCGCUGCUGUCGCACCAGGACGAGGAGGCCUUCCCGAACCCGCGCGAGUGGAACCCGGAGCGCAACAUGAAGCUGAUCGACGGCGCCUUCUGCGGCUUCGGCGGCGGCGUGCACAAGUGCAUCGGCGAGAAGUUCGGCCUGCUGCAGGUGAAGACGGUGCUGGCGACGGUGUUCCGCGACUACGACUUCGAGCUGCUGGGGCCGCUGCCGGAGCCGAACUACCACACCAUGGUGGUGGGUCCCACGGCGGACCAGUGCCGCGUGAAGUACAUCCGCAAGAAGAAGGUGGCGGCGUAA